UUUUUUAGUGCAUUUCAUAAACGCACAACAAUUAAUUUAAUUUUUGUAUUCUUGAAUUAGAAUUUAAGAUUAGUGAACAAUUAUGUCCACGAGGUGGUAUCCCAUCUACCAGCGCGGCAAUCCGCAGCUGCGCGUUUUCCUGCCCAACUUCUGGAUGAAGCUAAUCCGACCCACGGAGGAACAGCCGCCCAAUGUGGUCACCUUUUCGGUGUCCAUGGAGAUGACCAAGUACGAUGUGCGCAGCUAUCUGGAGAAGAUCUACAAGCUGCCGGUGGUGGAUGUGCGUACUCGAAUUGCCAUGGGCGAGACCAAGAAGGAUCAGACCUACGGCUACAUCACCAAAAAAGACGACGUGAAGCUGGCUUAUGUAACAUUGCCCAGGGAGGAGUCCUUUGUCUUCCCCGACUUCUUUUCCGAAAAGGCCGAGAAGCAGGCCAAGGAGGAAAAGUCGCUGGAUGAAUCGAAAGCCGGCUUCCGCAGAUUUCUGGACAGGAACAAGAAACGACCCGGCACUCCGGGCUGGUUUUCCAUUUAGUUUUUAGUCUGUAAUCUUAGUACUUUUCUUUUCAACGGGUAAAUAAACAUUUAUUUCGAAAGUCCGAAUUAACCUAAA